GCGGAGGGGAGCGGAGCCCAGCCGCCCCGUCGGGGAGCGCCGCGUUCGCAUGGCCGCGCCGCGCCGCGCCGCCGCCGCUGCCGCGGGGCCGGGGGGGGCCGCGGGAGGAGGAUGAGGCGGGCGGCGGGGCGGCGGCGGCGGCGGCGGCGCGGAGGAUGAAGUGGAGCGUGCGGGGAGCCUGCGCCGCGCUCUCCAGCUGCCUCCUGCUCGCCUGCGCCCUCAGCGCCGCCGCCGUGGGCCUCAAGUGCUUCUCGCUAGGCUCCGAGCUCAAGGGUGAGCCCUUCCGCCUGGGCACCGCUGCCGGCGCUUUCUACUCGGGGCUGCUGCUGGCCGCCGGCCUCUCGCUGCUCGCCGCCGCGCUGCUCUGCUGUCGCCCGCCCGACGAGGUGCCUGCGGCUGCAGCUCAGUCUUCGGCCCCGGCCCCGGCCCCGGCCCUGGCUGCGGCCGAGGAUCCGGAACCUGCGGGGGGCUGCCCCGGCGCGGGGGAGGCAGCGGCCGCGCCGUCGGGUCCGGUGGAGAAGUCGCCGCCUGGGGGGCGGCAGAACUUCCUGCUGCUGGGGGUGCUGGUGUUCAUGCUGGGCGUGCUGAGCGCCUUCGCCGGCGCCGUCAUCGACGGCGACACCGUGUCGCUGGUGGAGAGGAAAUACUCGCACUACUGCCUGCUGCAGCCCGGCGGCGCGGCUCGCCCGCGGAGCGGCCCCGCGGCACCCGACGGCUCUGCUGCGGCGCUCCGCUGCCAGAAGCUGCGGGACUACCAGCAAGGCUUGGUGCUUUCCACUGUCUUCAACGCUCUGGAGUGCCUCCUGGGCCUGCUCAACCUGCUUCUCGUCAAGAACUACAAGGCCUCGCAGCAGCGCGGGCGGCGGCGGCGGCGGCGGCGAGCGACCCCGGCGGCGACGGCUGUGGCAGCGGGCGGCCGCCGGCGGCGGCGGAGGGGCGGCGGCGGCGGGCGGCGGGCGCCGCGCCACAGCCAGGGCUCCCUCUUCUCAGGCGGCGAGCCCGAGCUCAGCCCCGGGGAUUGCCCCUUCCAGGCUGUCUCCUACAUCAACGUGGGCGUCUUCCACGUCUUCGACGAGGCUGGCGUGGAAGUGCACUGCGGCGGGCAUCCCUCCGUCGAGCUGCCAGGCUACUCGCCCAUGGACCCCGAGCUCAAUGCCUCCUACCCCUACUGCUACCCGCUGCCCAGCGAGCGGCCCCCGGCUUACGAGGAGAUCUACCCCGGGGAGCCCUGUUCUCAUGGCACCUAGCCCCGACAGCCGGCGGGACGCCCGGCUCUUCACCCGGCCCCCGGCUCACCGUGACAGCUGGGAGCGGGCCCGCUAGCGCCUCGCAGCUGCUGGGCUUGGGGACAGCCCUCGCACCACCGACAGCGCGGCUCUGCUGCCGCGGGCGCAGCUGGCCGCGGGCGCGAUGCCGCCCUGCCUCUGGCUCUAUGGAAGCAUCUCCUCCGACCCUCUCUACUUUCCUCUUCUUUACCCCUUUUCCCUCCCACACACAGACCUGCCGUCCGUCUGUCCGCCUGCGGCUGAAUUUUCCAAAGGCUGUGCAAGAAACGCCUAAGGGUUGGUUCUUCCCGCCGCCUCUCCUCCGUAGCCAAGUUUAGUUCUCUUCAAGUGAUUCAUCAGUCUUCAGCUUUAGCAGUCCAGAGUUACCCAUUUAUGAUAACCAGCCAGUGUAAGGAAAAGGUGUCAUGAAGCUUCUUUACCUCUCAAAAGAGCUAAAUUUCUGAACAACGCAGAGACAUUUGUGUCACGUUUACUAGAGAUGUAUUGGGGAUCUUUAACGUUUACACUACUCCUUGGGAGAAUUGAGUUCUGUUUUAAGAUUUAGUGAGUUAAAACAUUCGUUGGUCUUGUGAGAUGCACAUUGAGAAAAACCUGCACUUUGAAAAAGAAACAGGAAAAAAAAUCAACAACGUUUUUGUACACUAAUGUGCCUGCUUUUGUUGAUAACUUCUUACUGUAAAAGCUUUCAGAAGUCUAUAGUGAAAAUGUUUGGUAAAUUCACUGCAGUUUAAAUUGAUGAUUAAUUCCUUUACUAAAACAGCUGAGAUGUUGCUAGGAUAUGGCAGUUAAAAGGAAGUCCAAAUGUCAUACACAUUCCUUUUUGUAAACAGGUUCUGUGUUUUUAAUGCAAGGCAGUAUUUCUUUUUGUUUUACAAAGAUGAAGGAUUUAAUUCUAUUUUGUACAACUAUAUGGUUUUUCUUGUAAAGAGUUCUGUUUUACCUGUUACAAUUCAUCAAUCUGGUAAGCUUGAAUAUUAAAAAUUUUAUUUGAAAUAUAUAUAUAUAGUAAAACAGCCUUAACUGGUGCAGUGGUCACAGAUUUAAAGAGGAGAUAAAAGUAAAAGAAAAAA